UGGAGAGAAUUUUUGGGGGAAUUAGUGUUGUGUGAAGAGUAGCGUGGGGCGACCAGUAGUCAGUCACGCUCUUGUCUCUCUCUCCUCUCCAGCCUCCUCCUCCUCAUCUCCUGCCACUCUCCUAGCAUCCAGCAGCCAGGCACUUGACUCCGGUUGGUAAUAUUGGUUGUCUGCAAUCAUGGCAGAGGAGAGUAUGAAGCCAGAAGACCUGAAGAGACUUCAGGUGUUUAUUGAUGCAUGUCGUGAAAACCCCAAGAUUCUUCAUCUUCCAGAGCUUUCAUUCUUCAGAGAAUACCUGCUGAGUCUGGGUGCAAAGUUGCCGAUGAAACCCACUUCGCCAAAACCUGAGGAGGAGCCAAUGCAAAAUUCUGAACCUGAAUCAGAAUUGGAAGAAAGUGAUGUUGAGCUGAACAAUGAAGGGGUGAUUGAACCCGAAACGGUAGAUCCUCCUGAAUUGGGUGAUAGCAAUAAUGUACCAUCAGAAGAAGAUAUGGAUGCAGCUGAUGAAAAGCGUUCUGAGGCAAUGAUGGCUCUUUCCGAUGGGGACCUGCAAAAAGCUGUUGAUCUCUUCACAGAAGCAAUAAAACUUAAUCCAGAAUCUGCUAUGCUGUAUGCCAAGCGAGCUAGUGUGCUUCUGAAGCAGAAGAGGGUAAAAGCUGCAAUCAGGGACUGCAAUGAGGCACUUAAGCACAAUCCAGACUCUGCUGGUGCCUAUAAAUUCCGUGGACGAGCUAACAGGUUGCUGGGCAACUGGCUGGAAGCAGCAAAGGAUCUUAGGCUGGCCUGCAAACUAGACUUCGACGAGCAGACAGAUGAAUGGCUAAAAGAGGUGCAACCGAAUGCUAAUAAGUUGGAAGAACACAACCGUAAAUAUGAACGCCAGAGGAAGGAUAAAGAGCUGGGAGAGAGGAAAGAACGUGCACGUAAAGCUCAAGAGGAAGCAAAGAAGGCACAAGAAGAGCAAAAGAAAUCACAAGGAACCUCAUUCAGUUUCCCAGGAGGCAUGCCAGGAGCUGGUGGACCUAGUGGAAUGCCAGAUAUAGGAAAUUUGUUCAAGGAUCCUGACAUUUUAGCAGCAAUGCAGGAUCCAGAAGUGGCUGCUGCUUUCCAGGAUGUCUCUGCCAAUCCAUCAAAUAUCUUCAAGUACCAGUCUAACCCAAAAGUUGCAUCAGUAAUUAACAAGUUGAUUUCCAAACUCGGAGGUGGCAGUGAUAAUGAUCCACCAAUGGGCUUCCCUGGAGCUGGUGGUUUCCCUGGGGCUGGUGGCUUCCCCGGGGCUGGUGGCUUCCCAGGAGCUGGUGGCUUUCCCGGGGCUGGUGGCUUCCCAGGAGCUGGCGGCUUUCCCGGGGCUGGUGGUCCUCCUAGUGGUCCUUCCCCUCGGAGUAGCAGUGAUGACCUUGAUUAAUGGGAAUUAUACAUUGUCUUGUGGUCAGAACAUGUUGGAUAAAGCUACUAUUAAUUGAGAGAGUGUUCUGUGGAAAUUGUUAUAAUGUGAUAAACAUUACAGUACCAUAUAUAUAUAUAUAUAUAUAUAUAUAUAAAAUUCUUUGUGGCAAGACCUUCAUAAAGAACUUGACAUAUUGAUCUACCUUUCUGUUUAAGGAUUGUCUGAAGACAAGUGUUAACUUACAAUGAUCUCUUAAGGCAGUUUCAUGUGUAACCUUGAGCAUGCAGUUAUUGCAUGUACCAGAUAAGGAUAGGCUAUACAAAUUUGUUAAGUUGCUGGUUUCAUUCAAUGAAAUAAUUGUAAUUAAGGUAGUGUUUAGGCUUUUGGAUUUAAGUUUCCUUCAUGUACAUUGUCUUUUUUUUUUCUUUAGCCUGAAAGUUACCAAUUAAAGUUGCAAUUUGUUCUUUAAAUAUAACACGGAAAUUGUCCAAGGAAAAGUUCUUUAAUAAAAUGUAUAAUAUUAAA